GGAGGAGGGGGGCGUAUAGGGGGGGUGGAAUUAGCAGUGACUCAGUGAAGUCUGUGACAGAAGCUCAACCACCAUGGCCUUGGUCCGGGGAUUCUCCUCCUCCCCCUCGUCGUCGAACCGCGUACUGAUCAUUGCUGCGGUAGUCAUGAUGGGCUUUCUUAUGCUGCCACCGAAGCUGUUAGUCUUCCCGACAGGCGUGCUUGUCGUCGUUGCCGACGCCCAGUCUAUGGAAGUGGGGGGCGGAGGCUCAGGAGCAGGCACCGGAGGAGGUGCAAGCCCCGGUGGGGCCAAGACCGGAGGUGCAAGCCGCGGUGCUGGCGCUGGCGCUGGCACUGCUGCAGAAGGGAAGGGACCGGUCGGGUCGGCAUCAGCUGGCAUGCACACUGGCGGUUCCAGCGCAACCGAGUCGCAGUCUGAACUUGGACAUGGGUAUGGUCCAGGUGGCAGCGGAGCAGGAUCAUCCGCGGAAGACGCAAGGGUUGCUGUGGCGGCGGCGGGUUCAAACUCAGCGUCGUCGGCAGCAGCAGCAGCAGCAGCGGCCGCUGCGGUGGCGGCGGCGGCGGCGGCGGCAGCAGCAGGGGCAGGGGAAGCUAGCGCAGGCAGGGGCUUCCCCUUCACCGUCGGCGCGCAGUCAGCCCCAGGAACGACGACGACCCGCGCCCAUUCUAUCGAAGCGGGCACUGGCGCAAGAGGAGGCGCAACUGAGUUUGGUGGCGAUGGUGAAGGUGGAGCAGCGAGCAGCAGAGCAGAGACAAGGGGAACGACCAGGGCUACUUCCGCAGGUGGGCCCGGGAUCGCUGACGAUGACUCUACUGCAGCGGAUGCAGGUUCAAGCUCGGAGGAGCGGAUCUCAGCGCCGGCCAGACCGGCCACAACAGCUCAACCACGCAGCGUCGUCGGUCCUGCGGCAGAAGAUGACCUUGACCUUGCCUCGGGGGAACCCCGCCCGAGGGCCACUGACGAUGCCACCAUUCCUGUGACGAGGACUCCUACCCUUCCUGGAAGACCUAAGGCUGGCGAUGACCUUGAUGUGUCUGGCACGACGACCCCCCUCGGUCUACCACCAGUCGAUCCCACCCUCAAACCGGGGGUUAACCCGGUUAAGGGGCAUGCGCAGCCGAAGACUGGCAUGGUGGACCCAGAGUCAAACGUUGACCCAGAGUCAGACCAGCUUGCGGCCAGUCUUAAGCGUCAACAACAAAAACAACAAACGACGUCACAGCCGUCACGCGUAUCCCCAGUACCACCGAUUCCUGCUUCCGAGGCCCUGCCAUCAAGCCUCCCAAGCGCUAGCGCUGCUCCGCCGUCGGCGCUGGGUUCAAUCCCCACGAGAAACAUCACAUUACUGCCAAACGCAACGGUAUUACGUGCAGCUGCGGCUCCCACUCAGGCUGCUAAGCCCCUGCUACCUCCUCCAUCUUCUCUGGCAACGUCGGACUCUAACGAUAUCAACGGAGGAGCAGGCAGUGCGGGCACCGUGACACUGUUCCUUAGGAGGGACGCCAGCAUCGUCUCUCGCGUUGCCCUCUUCUGCAGUCUCCUGUCGGCUCAAGCCAUCUUUAUCUUACUUGGAAGUGGCCUUAACUGAUAUUAUGUGAUAUAGACUCCUAGAUUAAUAUCCAGAUUCAGCUUUCGCAACACAACU